AGAUGAGCAGGUUGUACCCGUAUGCAGAUGCAAAAGAAGAAUAUGGACAUAGGCUGAACUAAUACUCCUAGCACCACAGCAACCAUCAACUACUUACCCUCAGAAAGAGCAAUCUUGUAACUUCAUCUGCGAGUGAGUUAUAAGGAAUACUCGUAGCACCACAGCAAACAAAAACAGCAAAAUAAACCAUGGGAAACAAUCCUUGUUGUAUACAAACGGUGGCAAACGACCGUAUAGCUGUCAUCUCCAGAUGCGGAAAAUUCGACAGACUUGCGUAUCCUGGGCUUCUAGUCUUUUAUGAAGAUUGAAGAAGAUCAAGUUUCAUAAUCAACCACAUGUUUCUUCUUGUAAAUCAGACGCGAAUUCUAAAUAUUGUUGAAGAAAUAGGAAACCAUUAAAUAUAAUAGAAGGAGAGUCUUUUAUUUGGACACUCACUCCAUGGCUUGACUUUUGGUUUUUACCUUAAUAGUGGUCAUAUAAUUGUGGCUUUAUUCUUCAAAAACUAAAGCACACACACACUCUUACCCCUCUAUAAAAAGUGGGAUAUUCUUAUUCAUCCCCUCAUGCUAGAUCCCUUAAAGAUUCUUCUUGAAAUUCGAAUCCUCUCUGUCUUAAUAUUGAUUCACUUGGCAACCUUGUAAUAGCUUCAUCUUCUCGAAAUGCCAUUGCCAACUAUCCACUCCCCCUCUCCUCCAUUCUUCAUCUGAAGCCGUGCCCGUGCAUAUGCCAGCGGAUCGGAGAGGUCUCAACAAGGCUACAGGAAACGAUAGUCCGAUGCGAGACGAAGACUAAAGACAACGUUUUCGUCCACAUCGAAGUCUCGAUUCAGUACUGUUCUGAGCUAGUAUGAUCAUCUUUGAGGUUGGUCACUGAGAUCGAAGAGGAGACCCCUGGAGAGACAAGGGGAGAAGGAAGGGAAAAGGGGAGGGCUUUGUUGAAGGUGGUCUCUUCCGCUCAGCAUCAGUGACCACUGACUGCUGACCUUUAAACUCAGCACUGUUCUGAGCUACUUAGUGUGAUCUUUGUGCUUAGAAGAAUCCAACAUUCUUACACCAGGUACGAGAUAUUGAAGGACCGGGUAUUCGACGCUUUCUACCGGUUAUCCGUUAAGGCUUUCGAUUUAAAGAUGAUUAAAAAGAGUGUGAGGGUGAGAGUUGACCUUAAGUGCCCCUUCUGAUUAAUUCAUCUGCGAUCAAGAUCAGGGGUUCCUAGCUGUGGCGUUCCUAGAUGUAGGUAAAGAGAGUCUCUUUACAUACAUUAUAGCGACAGGACCCCGACAGCGCCGGCGCUUAAUUUGUUUUAGCAGAUAGGCGGAUACUGGAUGAUAGUUGCCCUUUUCUCUUUUCUAUCUUCCUCUGGUCUUUCUUUUUUCUAGUUAGGUCGGCUCCGCCACAACUAUUUUAUAGCGACAGGACCACGACAGCGCCGGCGCUUAGUUAGUAGCUGCAGAUAAUUACUUGCCUCGCCCCCGCCUUUCUUUUUUCGGUUUUUGUUUUUUCUAGUUAGACCUGCUCCACUAACACUAUUAUAGCGUCUGUUAGAAAAAUUUUAGCACGUCGGUCUCAAUCUCUUUAUUUACUCACUAUCUCGUCUAAUCUCAAGCCCCACGUGCAAGUCUCCUCAUACGUCUUCGACGUGGUCCGAGCAGCCGUGCCGCUGCUUCUCAUAGACGACGUUUUUGAGCAGAAGGAAGAAAUUGCGACACAAAUCAAAUCACGACUGACGUUGGUACUACAUCAUCUACAUGUGAUAUUCUUUAGAUGCUUCAUCGACGUAGUUGUUCGUUGUACCAUGAGUUUUGUGCUCAUACCCUCUUGUAGGGUAAUCUAGCAUUUGACUUUCGAUUCUGCUCAUGAUGCGUUUGAAUUGAGAGGACGGUGAUCAUCAUGAUGCUAGCAUAGCUGUGUAUUCAUACGCAGAAGAUAGUACUAGAAGUAUUGCUCGUUCGAGUUGUAGUUUCCUGCUCUUCUAUUAUUCAACAUCAACAAGAUCGACUCCAUCCAACUCCAUCUCACCAAACAAAUCUCCCAUGAUCACUCAGGUGAUGUCCAAUUUCGGAUUUAACAUCGUGACAGCUCUAGUAACAGAUAUAUCGCCGAAUAUCAAAGUCAAGGACGCCAUGAAUGAGAUUAAUGCUGCAUACCGUUCAAAGCAAGCCGCAAAGGAAAAAGCGGAAGCUGAGAAGAUUGUCUUGGUACUAGGUUAUGCCCGACUAGUAGAUUACUUCUCUUCUUCUAUCUGGCGAGGCAGGAUCCUAGUAAAGUCCUGCUGCUGCUUCUUAUUCAAUACAUCCACCAAUCUUGGCCGUUGUGGACCUUAUAUUCACAAGAAUUUCUUAUGGAGUUGCUCAUCAACAAUUUACUUUCAUGAUAAUUUUUUUAAAAUUAACAUUUUUACAUCAAUGUCUAGGACUAUGUCAACAUCGAAAAUCCAACACCACCACCAACACCACUUCUCAAGAACACAGGUGAAACAAGCCGAAGCUGAUGCAGAGUCGAAAUAUUUGCAGGGAACAGGAAUAGCCAAGCAAAGGAAAGCUAUCGUGGAUGGUUUACGAGACUCGGUGGAUAGUUUUACGCAUACAGUCGAUGGAAUGGCGGCAAAGGACGUCCUGGAGUUGCUGCUUGUGACACAGUACCUAAACCUAAACCACAAAAAAAAAUUCCUCUAGCUACACAUCAAUGAUGUAGACACAAUCAUAAUGAUGUAGAAGUAGACCUUCCUCUUGAUGUUGACCACGAGAUGAAACACAUCAAUGAUGUAGACACAAUCAACGAUGAAGGAGAUUUUAAGUCCAAAAAAAAUUCCUCUACAACUACAGGUAUUUCGACACGAUGAAGGAGAUAGGAUGCGGGAGUCACUCCAAGACGAUUUUCGUCCCGAACAAUCCGGGAGCUUUGACGGAUAUCACGCAAGAGGUGAGAACAGGCUUCAUGCAAGCUGCAGCUGGAAAUGUUUGA